CCUAAACCUUUGUUCCAACCUCUUUGUCGUAUUAAACAAUGGCCUUAUUUACAAGCGCGAAGAACACUUUCGGAAGACCCCAAAAGUUGGGACAGACCAUGCACAGAGCUGGGUUAGUCCAACAAAUGCAAAGAGCAAUGAGCUCAGAAGCUUUAGAAGGAUAUGAUGCAACCCAAGUUGAGCUCAUGAAAGAGAACUUGAUUGUUUGUGAUGAACAAGACAACGUAGUAGGAAAAUGCUCUAAAAAGGAAGGACAUCUCCGAUCAUUUUUAGACAAAGAGAAUUCUUUGCCUCACAGAGCUUUCAGUUGUUUCUUGUUCAAUGAAAAGAAUGAGCUAUUGUUGCAGAGGAGAUCAAGCCAUAAGAUUACGUUUCCAAACAUGUGGACUAAUACUUGUUGUUCUCAUCCUUUGUAUGUAAAAGAGGAAAUGGCUGAUGGCCCAAUUCCAUUCCAAGGAGUUAAAACUGCAACUGUUCGAAGAAUGGAUUAUGAACUGGGACUGAAGAACCUCUUUGAAGAGGAUCUCAACAUGGUUUCCAAAAUUCUAUAUAGAGCAAAUACUGACGAAAAAUGGGCGGAGUAUGAGCUAGAUUUUAUUUUGUUUGCUAAAAAACAUUCUGAUGAAUUUUACUUCAAAGCUAAUGAAAACGAAAUUAGCCAUACUGAGUUUGUGACGAGAGAGAACAUCCUUGACUUCCUUGAGACAGAAGUAAACACUGGAGAGAGUGAGAUCACUCCUUGGUUUAACAUGAUCCUCCAGACUAAAUUGUUUGGAUGGUGGGAUCAUAUUAUCCAAACAGGAGAGCUUCCUCCAGAAGAUACUAGUGGCCAUAUUACCAAUUAUAUUCAGGGUCCAGAUGCUAUUGAUGCUGAAAAGAUUCCUUCUAUAGUUGAAUUCAAGAAGAGAUCGAUAAGAUAGGCAUUAACAUAAUUGAUCAUAAC